UCCUUCCAUCCACAUACACACUCUCUCUCUCUCUCUCUCCCUCCCCCCUCUUCUUCUUCUUCAUAUUCUGUCAGUCGCUCUGGUUCUGUGUGUGUGUGUGAAAAAUGGCGCGCACAACCCCAAUUCUCAACCAAAACAACACACGCUUGCUCUUCACGUCCAAAACUCCCCACUCUCACUUCCACUCUCUCGCCUCUCUCCGCCUCACCAAACCCCCACACUCCCACUCUUUCUCCUCUUCUUCUUCUUCUUCUUCAUCUUCUGUAUCAUCGAGUUCGCCGUCGUGUCAUAUCACGCGCGUCACCACCGUUCCGGUAGAGUACACGCCGUCAGCUCCCGACUUCGACUUCCACCAGGAGCUCUCGCGCCUCAAAUCGCUCCGUUCCAGGCUCGCUGAUUGCGAUUCCCUCUGCGCCAAGCUCAGAGUGAUCGACGGCGAUUCCAGAGUGAAGCGAUUUUUCAAUUCCGGCAGCAACGGCGGUUUCUCCGCGGCUUUAGGUUCGCUCAAUUUGAGCUCUGAAGAGCUGUUCUUGUUCAAGUGCUUGGUUGCUGCUGGGCAAGAGCAUGUGCUCGGUUGGGGGCUCCAGUUCGACGACGGCGAGGUGGAGACGGCGAUGAGCUCGGUGAAGACCGCGCUUUACGCGCUUGUCGCAAUGAUUGAGAAAUUGGAUGUGAACGACGAGGGUUCCGGGAUGAAGAUUGGAGGUUUGGCUUUGAAUGAUGAAGAUUUUAAGGACUUGAAGAAGCUCCUGAAGAAUUUGGGAGAAAUUGAACAGUUUUAUAACUGCAUUGGAGGAAUUAUUGGAUACCAGAUAACAGUAUUGGAGAUUCUAGCCCAAUCGAGAGUCGAAAUGCAGACUGCAAAUUGGGCCAAGCGCAUACAAGAGCAAAUGGAAUGCCAGUUUUUGGAAAUUCAUGCUCCCAGUGGACUUGAUCUUUCUCAAAAUGCAGAAUAUGCAUCUCAAGCUGCAUUAUGGGGAAUUCAGGGUUUGCCAGACCUAGGUGAAAUUUACCCUUUGGGAGGUUCUGCUGACAGGCUUGGUUUGGUUGAUCCCGAGACAGGUGAAUGUCUCCCUGCCGCAAUGCUUCCUUAUUGUGGACGGACUUUAUUGGAAGGUCUUAUAAGAGAUCUUCAGGCUAGAGAGUUCUUGUACUUCAAGAUGUACGGGAAACAAUGCAUCACCCCUGUUGCAAUUAUGACAAGCUCUGCAAAGAACAACCAUGAACACAUAACUUCUCUUUGUGAAAAGCUUGAAUGGUUUAGAAGAGGUCGAUCAAGUUUCCAACUUUUUGAACAGCCCCUUGUUCCAGCCAUUGGUGCAGAAAAUGGGCAAUGGAUAAUCACAAAACCUUUUGCACCCGUAUGCAAGCCUGGUGGUCAUGGUGUAAUAUGGAAACUUGCUUAUGAUAAAGGCAUUUUCAAAUGGUUUUAUGAUCAUGGACGGAAGGGUGCAACUGUACGUCAAGUUAGCAAUGUUGUGGCCGCUACAGAUUUGACUCUCUUGGCACUGGCAGGGAUUGGUUUACAUCACGGCAAGAAACUGGGGUUUGCAUCCUGUAAGAGGAACUUGGGGGCUACAGAAGGAAUUAAUGUCCUAACUGAGAAAAAAAAUCUUGAUGGAAGGUGGGCAUAUGGUUUGUCGUGCAUUGAGUACACAGAGUUCGACAAGUUUGGCAUAGCAGAUAGACCUCAUUCUCGAAAUAGGUUGCAGGCAGAGUUUCCCGCCAAUACGAACAUCUUGUAUGUAGAUUUACCUUCAGCAGAGUUGGUCGGGUCAAGUAACAGUGGAAACAGCUUACCAGGCAUGGUGCUGAAUGUUAAAAAGCCUAUAACAUUUGUAGACCAAUUUGGAAAACAACACAGUGUCUCUGGUGGAAGGCUUGAAUGCACGAUGCAAAAUAUUGCUGACAGCUUUCUUAAUACUUGUCCAUCUCGAUGUUAUAAGGGUAUUGAAGAUAAGCUUGAUACCUUCAUUGUUUAUAAUGAACGAAGAAGGGUCACAUCAUCUGCUAAGAGGAAAAGAAGACAUGCGGAGAAAUCUUUACACCAAACUCCUGAUGGUUCACUGUUGGAUAUCCUACGGAAUGCCCAUGAUCUUCUUUCACAAUGUGAUAUUGAACUUCCUGAGAUUGGAAGUAAUGAAAAAUAUCAAAGUUCGGGACCACCAUUUCUUAUUCUUCUGCACCCUGCUCUUGGCCCGCUUUGGGAGGUCACCAGACAAAAAUUCUAUGGAGGCUCAGUAUCCGAGGGCUCUGAGUUACAAGUAGAAGUUGCAGAGUUUCUGUGGAGGAAUGUUCAGCUUGAUGGAAGCCUGAUUGUAGAGGCUGAUAACGUUAUGGGCUCAACUAGGAUUGAUCAAAAUGGUGAACCCAUUUUACAAUAUGGGCACAGGUGUGGAAGAUGUAAAUUGCAAAAUGUAAAAGUACUAAAUGAUGGAAUUGACUGGAACUUUGAAGACAAUGUGUACUGGAAGCAUGAUGUUCAACGCCUCGAGGCUUGCAAGGUUGUACUGCAUGGAAAUGCUGAAUUUGAGGCAACUGAUGUUAUCUUACAGGGAAAUCAUACAUUUGAAGUUCCAAAUGGCUACAAAAUGAAGAUCACAGCGGGAGAUUCAGGUUUAGCCACCCGAUUAGAUCCCAUUGAACAGAACAUGAUGGAUAGUGGAACCUGGUUCUGGGAGUACAGGAUAAGGGGCACACACAUUCAGUUGGAAUUGGUAGAGUUGUAAAACGCUAUACGAAAUACUCAUCCUCGUCAUAGGUGAAUCGUGGUUCACCAAAGGAUUUGGAACUCACCCUCAUAACAGCAUCAAAGCCGGCAUGCUCUGGUCUGACUGGUUUAACAUAGUUAAACCUAUUUCGUCUUUGGAAUUGCUUCUUCUCCUUCCCCUUUUUUAAGCAAUAGUAUGUUAAAUUAAGAGCGUCAUACCCUUAGGGUCACUCCAGCUGCUCAUUGUAUCUACUUAUUUCUUUUAUCAUCGGCGAGGGGCAACAGGUUGUUGCCUUCUCGAGAAACUGAUGUAAAAUUGAUGAAGCAAUAAAAUGUAUUCAAUUACUUCA